ACCACAUUUUCACUUCUGACUUUGCUCUAUCUGAAGCCAAAGCUGCCAUCUUUCUCCUCUGGGUUUUGAUUAGAUCUCCUAUUUCGGUUUCUAUUAUAUUAUGCGAGCUCACUUUUGAUUGUCCUGAUUCUCUGACAAUGAUAUUCUCCAAGCUUGGUUCUUCACUCGCUCGAUCCUCUCGUUCUAAGGGAUUGGUGUACGGCGGUGGUGUGCGAUCGGCGAUUUUAAACCAAGGGAGGCUACGAGCGCCGCAGAAUCUUGAGGCGGCCGUCAAUCAGGUAGAUGGGGGAUUAGGGUUUCUGAGGCGGCACUUUGCUUCAUUAGCUGCUCGGAAGGGACUAGAUACCGGUGAUUUAAGCCGCGUUUUCGCUAACCCUAGAUUGCGUCGGUUCUUUUCUAGCCAAAGCCCGAAGAAAAAGAAUUAUGAGAACUACUAUCCAAAAGAUAGUAAGAAAGCACCCAAGAAUGAGCAGAAAUCCGAAUCCGGAGAGGGUUCAAAGAAGAAUGAAAACGAGAAUAUUAGUUUCCAGGAGUUCAAAAACAAGCUUCUUGAGCCUGGUCUAGUGGAUCACAUAGAUGUUUCUAAUAAAUCAGUCGCGAAAGUCUAUGUGAGGAGUUCACCGAAAAACCAAACAACGGAAGAAGUUGUUCAAGGUCCUGGUAAUGGGGUUCCUGCUAAAAGACGUGGUGGUCAGUAUAAGUACUACUUUAAUAUUGGUAGCGUUGAAACAUUUGAGGAGAAACUCGAAGAGGCUCAAGAAGCGAUAGGCAUUAAUUCUCAUGACUUUGUUCCUGUCACCUACGUCUCGGAAAUGAUCUGGUACCAGGAAAUGUUGAGGUUUGCACCGACUUUACUUCUCUUGGGUACGCUAAUUUAUGGGGCAAGACGUAUGCAAGGUGGACUGGGAGGUGUAGGCGGACCUGGUGGGAAGGGUGGCCGUGGAAUUUUCAACAUAGGGAAAGCUCAAAUUACGAGAGCAGAUAAAAAUUCCAAGAAUAAGAUAUAUUUUAAAGAUGUUGCGGGAUGCGAAGAGGCUAAACAAGAAAUUAUGGAAUUUGUGCAUUUCCUUCAGAACCCAAAGAAAUAUGAAGAUUUGGGAGCUAAAAUCCCAAAAGGUGCACUCUUAGUUGGCCCACCAGGGACCGGAAAGACCCUUCUAGCAAAAGCUACUGCAGGAGAAUCAGCUGUACCGUUUCUGUCGAUAUCUGGUUCAGAUUUCAUGGAGAUGUUUGUUGGUGUUGGACCUUCCAGAGUGAGAAACUUGUUUCAAGAGGCUAGACAAUGUGCACCUAGCAUAAUAUUUAUUGAUGAAAUCGAUGCGAUUGGCCGAGCGAGAGGACGUGGAGGUUUCUCUGGUGGAAAUGAUGAGCGUGAAAGCACACUUAAUCAGCUGCUAGUUGAAAUGGAUGGAUUUGGUACUACUGCUGGAGUUGUCGUCCUUGCUGGGACUAACAGGCCAGAUAUUCUUGAUAAAGCUUUACUACGGCCUGGCCGGUUUGAUCGUCAGAUAACCAUAGAUAAACCUGAUAUUAAAGGCCGUGAUCAGAUAUUCCAGAUAUACCUGAAGAAGAUCAAACUUGAUCACGAGCCCUCAUAUUACUCGCAAAGGCUUGCAGCCCUCACACCCGGAUUUGCUGGAGCUGACAUUGCGAAUGUCUGUAACGAGGCGGCUCUUAUUGCUGCCAGACAUGAAGGAGCAACAGUUACAAUGGCGCACUUUGACUCUGCAAUCGAUCGUGUUAUUGGAGGUCUGGAGAAGAAAAACCGGGUAAUAAGCAAGCUGGAGCGCCGUACAGUUGCAUAUCAUGAAUCUGGCCACGCGGUUGCUGGGUGGUUCCUGGAACAUGCGGAACCAUUGCUCAAGGUGACUAUUGUUCCUCGUGGCACAGCAGCACUCGGGUUUGCCCAGUAUGUUCCAAAUGAAAACUUGCUCAUGACAAAAGAACAACUCUUUGACAUGACUUGUAUGACUCUCGGGGGCCGGGCAGCUGAACAGGUAUUAAUAGGAAGAAUAUCGACCGGGGCUCAGAACGAUCUGGAAAAGGUGACUAAGAUGACUUACGCGCAAGUGGCGGUGUACGGAUUCAGCGACAAGAUAGGAUUGCUUUCGUUCCCGCAACGGGAAGACGAGUUCUCCAAGCCGUACAGCAACAGAACCGGUGCGAUGAUAGACGAAGAGGUCCGAGAAUGGGUGGGGAAAGCUUACAAGCGGACGGUUGAGCUGAUCGAGGAACACAAAGAGCAAGUGGCUCAGAUCGCUGAGCUCUUGCUAGAGAAGGAGGUUCUGCAUCAGGAUGAUCUUACUAAAGUUUUGGGUGAGCGUCCAUUUAAGUCGGGUGAGACCACGAAUUACGACAGGUUUAAAUCUGGAUUUGAAGAGACGGAGAAGGAGAGCCAGAAGGAGUCUGUGCCGGUGAAGCCUGUGGAGGAUGAUGGUGUUCCACCGCUUGAGCCACAGGUGGUUCCGACGUAGAUGUUGGAGGCUUGGAGACACCCAAAGUUCACUACUACUCAUUGUACAUUUAAUCCAAGGCAAUAACAAAACACGCUUCUGUAUCUUCCUCUUUUAACACGGAGGGAUUGUUCUUUCUGGAAAAGUAUCAUUUUUUACUUGAUAUAUAAUCUUUUUUCCAACAAUUUAAGCUCAUCUUAGACACUUGAAAAAACAAAUUACAUAGACAUAAAACACCAAAUGAGUU